AUGGAUAUUCAUGGUUUUGGAGGGCAUGGGGAGUUUUGGGCUCUUUUGUACCCCUUCCUCUUAAUCCCCAAUGUUCGCAAACAGUUGGGCUCGACAAGACUUAAUUAUCAGUUCGGUACUGAAGCGACAAGAGAUUACUACUACAAGAUUUUUACACGUGCAUCCGUUUCGUCUUCGCAAACACUCGUGAGUCGUGACUUAACGGCCGUGGAUAAUAACAAUGCCCAAAACGUCGAAACCAGAAGCACGAGAUUUCCGGCGAGCCCAGGAAGCCGACGAGCUCUGUUCCCUUUUCCGGUGGCCAUACUCUCGGUAACAUUCUUGAAAUUCUCCUGCUGGCCUUUCACGACCUCCACCGGGAACACGCACCCGACUGUCGACGGGUCCUCGGUCACAACCCGUCCAAGCCCAUUGAACUUACACGCCCUUUCAUCCUGGAAAAAUGCCUGGAAAUACAUGUUGAACGCGUACGACACGUUCUGCCACCUGUCGAGCCCGCUGCACGACCCCUUAGGGUACAUGCUCGUGCAGUCCCCCGUCGCGCACGCAAACAAGUACGCCUCCUCCACCUUCUCGUCGUCUCCGUCCUCCGUGGGCCCAAGCACGCACCACCGGUUGGGCAUUCGCCUGAUCCCGCGGGCCCUGGCCGGGAACAUAACCCGGCCCUGGCCCGUGAGGUCGACCCGGUACUUGGGCUCGCCGUUUGACCGGUAG